GCGGGGAUAGGGAGAUGCGGGGAUGCGGUCUCAGUACCGGCUGCACUAGGCCGCACCCGCUUUCUUCCCCCACUUUCUUAUAAAUAGCUCCUUUAUCCCCCCUCCCCGCUCUCUCUCUUCCAUCUCUCCCCCAUCUAUCUCCUCAACACAGAUAUCAAUGUCAAGGCAAAAACUCAGCGAAAGCUGGUGGGCAGUCGGCAGCCAAUACUGGGACACGUCGGGCUCCGUACGUCCCUCCGCGGCCACCACCGACUGCCUCAACAUCUACAUCAACGUCCGACAAGCCCCUCAGGGGGCAGUUAUACGCUGGCUCAGCCGCGGCACGACGCGAUGAUGUUCCCGGCAACAGGCCAGGCAUCGCACCCCCCCCCCCCU